UUGCCUUUAGUCCAAAGUCUUAGUCUGUUAAGGCUGCUAUAACAAAAAUACCAUAGACUGGGUAGCUUAUCAAUGACAGAAAUUUAUUUGUGACAGUUCUGAAGGCUGGGAAGUGGGAGUCAAAGCACUGGGAGGUUCUGUGUCCAGCAAGAGCCCACUUCCUGUUUCAAAGAUGGCCACCUUCGCACAUGGCAGAGGGGGUGAGAGAGCUCUCUGGGUUUCUUUUAUAAAAGCACUAACCCCUUUUCUGAGGGCCCCACCCUCAUGACCGAAUCUCCUCUCCAAGGCCUUACCUGCUAACACGAGGAAGCCCUGAACAGACCUGGGGCCUCUACCCAAGCCUGAGCACAUGGGAGGAGUCUGGUACCAGGUAUGAAAACUCUCUCCAGGACAAGUAUGUGCACUGUCACACCACGCGCACACAUGCACGGAAACUGUGGUGACUGCUUCCUCUUUCAGCCUGAGAGCUGCAAACAUAUCCUCAUGGCGGGCCCAGAGGGACAUGGAGGUGAUGGGGUCCUGCGGCCUUUCUGCAAUAAGCCACCAGAGAGUCAGCCACAUGUAUUCUCUCUCUUUCCAUGGAUGCAUCUCCUCUUCCUGCUCAUGGGACUAGGAGCCUCUGGAAAGAACUCAGCCCCUACAGUGGUGACAGGGAUUGUAGGAGGUUCAGUGACUCUCUCCCUGAACAUUUCAGUAGAAACAGAGAUUGAACAUAUCACCUGGACUUGUUCCCAGAAAGCUCUUGCUUUUGCAAAGCCAGAAGGACUUGCUAUCCUUCUGGACAAAAACUACGAGGGCCGACUGAACUGGAGCUGGAGGUACUUGUCUGUCAACAACCUGACCCUGGAAGAUGCGGGAUCCUACAAAGCCCAGAUAAACCAAAAUAAUUAUAAAGUCACCACGUACAAGGAAUUCACCCUGAAUAUCUAUGAGCAGCUGCAGAAGCCCCGAGUCACCAUGAAGUCCGUGAACAUGUCUGAGAACGGCACCUGUAACAUUACUUUGAAUUGCUCCGUGGAUGGGAUGGGGAAAGGUGUUCUGUACACCUGGACCCUGGGGGACAACCAUGCAUCUGAGUCCUUUGGGGGCUCCACUCUCACCGUCUCCUGGAUGCCCUGUGAUCCAGACCUGCUGUACACCUGCACAGCCAGGAACCCAGUCAGCCAGAGCAGCUCCCAUCCUGUCCAUGUCCAGCAGUUCUGUACAGAUCCAGGAGCCUCCAGAGGAAGACCAAUGGGGGAAACGGUGGUGGGGAUACUGGGGGAGGCAGUGACACUGCCCCUGGAACAUCCAUCCAGUCAUCCCAUAGAGAACGUUGUCUGGAUCUUUAACACGUCUAUUAUCAGCAACAAGCAGGAAGAGGCGGCAACAGCUGAUCCACUCAUUAAGUCCAAGGAUCCCGACAGGAACACGGUGUGGGUCUCCAACCAGGACUACUCCCUGAAAAUUGGCCAGACGAAGAUGGAGGACGCCGGCCCCUACCACGCCUAUGCGUGCUCAAAUGCCUCUGGAGUCAUCAGCACAAAACAUGUCACCCUGCUCAUCUACAGGAGGCUGCAGGAGCCGAAAGUCACCUGGAGCCACACCCUCGCUGAGGACGGCAGCUGCAGGGUCACCCUAGUAUGCUCAGUGGAUGACCCUGGGCACAAUGUGACCUACAGGUGGACUUUCCUGCAGAAUAGAGCUGUCACAUCUCAUGAGGGAUCUCACCUCACUGUCUUCUGGAGAAGGAAUGAAAAUCAACCCAACUUCACAUGCACUGCCAGCAACCCUGUCAGCAACAGCACCUGGCAGUUUCCUUCUGGGGACAUUUGUCCAGGGCAUGAAAGAAGCACGAAGCUUUGGAUCGGACUCUCCCUGAUGGUCCCCAUCCUUCUGUGCUUGGGGAUCUUCAGCUGGUGCACUUGGAAGCGAAAAAGACCACGUUUCUCAGGUUCAGCCCCAGCCUUCAGUUCCAGCCCAGCUGAGGCCCCAGCUCACACACCAGAGCCCGCUGCUGGCCACCAGCUCUGGGCCAUGCACUCCCCAACGUACCAGAAGCUGGAUACUCCCCCUCAGCCUGCCAGGCAACAGCCCCAGCCCCGCUCUGACAGCAGCUCUGACAGCGAUGAAACAACUGAGGAGGAGGAGGAAGAGGAGGGGAGGACGGAGAUGCGUAAGCCCGUCAGUGGCAGAGACCAGGUGUAUGACUUGGUCACUCAGGAGGACACAGGACAUGACUCGGCCUCUGAGGAGCAAGCAGAGGAUGAUCUCGCCACUCCGGGAGGCGGGGCAUCUGCAUCUGCGGGCACAGGGCACACAGUGUAUAUGCAAGUGAACUUCAACCUGCAGGAAAAGACAGCAGACCCUCAGAAUAAAGAAGAUACAACCACGAUCUACUGCUCCAUACAGAAACCUCAGAAGAUAGUGCGACCACCACAACAGAAUGAUCCUGAGUCUCCUGAAAUCCCUACCUACGAAAAUUUCACCUGAAAAGAAGAGCAGGAGGGACAGGGGCAGCUGGACCUUCGCACCAUCUUCUAAAUCAUUGCUAAAAUAAAUCCAACACUGACUGACAGAUCUAUGUAAACUCUGCCACUGCAGUAUUUUCUUUUAAGUAAAAGGAAAUAACUUAAA